AUGGCUCCGGCCGUGGAACCUAUCGACGAGAUGAACGCGUUAACAAUCAGCGGCAAGAAGAAGAAACGGAUCGCUGGCCGUUGCGACAUGGAACUUGGCGACGUGACCGUGCACAAUGUGAAACAAUUGCGCACGUUAAAUUCGUGCAUUCUACCCGUUCCAUAUAAUGCCAAAUUCUACGCGAACGUCGUCGCCGAUGGUGAAAUGUCAAAGUUGGCCUACGUGAACGACAUUGUGGUUGGCGCUGUGUGCUGUCGAAUUGAUGAGUAUGAAGGAAAACGAUCACUAUACAUCAUGACCCUCGGUACUUUGGCUCCAUAUCGGCAACUCGGUGUCGGAAACAUGCUGCUCGACUACGUGUUCUCAUUGACGGCCAAAGAUCCUGGUCUUGAGAACAUAUUUUUACAUGUACAAACAAGCAACGAAACUGCUCUUACCUUUUACAAGAACAGAGGAUUCGAACAAGUGGGUGUCGUUUUUGUGUAUAUUCUUGCCUAA